GGCCUCUGAAAAAUGAAAGAAGUGAUCUGAUUGGUUGCUAUGGGCAACCCAGCAACUUUUCCUCUGGACGGGUUUCGAUAAAUCUCCCCCAGAGUUUUUGACGUGAAGAGUUUUGAAUAUGAUUCCCAUUAUGGAUCAAAGACUAGAGCUCUGUACUAAAGUAUACGUCUCUAUGAUGCAACAAAUGGAAAGUUGGCAAAUAUAUUAAAUCCAUGCCAAGCCAUCUGCUCAAGUUUAAACCAUUAGCUGUGAAUAUGUGAACCAACAAAAAAGAAGAUAACGUUAGUGAUAAUAGUGAUAAACCAGAAUAUAAAGAACUUUCCCUGGUCCAUAGGAAACUCUAUCUGGUGACAAUGAAGUUCCUCAUAGUCCUUUCCCUUCUGGGCCUUACUGUGGCCACCCCUUUCGUUGACGAUGAUAAGAUAGUUGGGGGAUAUCCCUGCAAUGUGAACUAUCAGGUUUCUCUCAAUGUCGGCUAUCAUUUCUGUGGAGGAAUCCUGAUCAACGAGCGAUGGGUGGUAUCUGCUGCUCACUGUUACCAACGGCGAAUUCAAUCCCGUAUUGGAGAAUAUAAUAUUAGAGUUACAGAGGGGACGGAACAAUUCAUUGACUCCGAAAAGGUCAUUCAGCACCCGCAGUAUAACUCUCGACUGAUCGAUAAUGACAUCAUGUUGAUCAAACUAUCAGAGCCGGCCCAGUUUACUGACGCUGUCCAACCCAUCAAGCUUCCCGAAAACUGUCCAUCUGGAAGCAGCCCCCCUGCCGGGACCCUGUGCUUGGUGUCUGGCUGGGGCUACACCGGACUUGUUAACCCCGACAUCCUGCAGUGUGUGGACGUUCCUAUUGUAUCUAAGGAAGAUUGUGAGAUCUCCUACCCGGGAAAGAUUACAGACAACAUGAUCUGCUUGGGCUUUCCAGAGGGUGGAAAGGACUCCUGUCAGGGUGACUCCGGCGGUCCGGUUGUUUGUAAUGGAGAAGUCCAUGGAAUAGUGUCCUGGGGUUAUGGAUGUGCCCAACCCAACUAUCCCGGAGUCUAUACCAAACUCUGCAACUUUGUAGACUGGAUCAAUAAUACAAUUGCUGACAAUUCCAAAGAAGCGAUCAGAUUGGUUGCUAUGGACAACUGGACACUUUUCCUUUGCACAGGACAGGACCUUGUUCGUGAGAACAGACAUUUGGCGUCUGGAGAUAGGAUGGUGGAGAGGUAUAAAAGGCGUCCCUGCACCUCAGAUGUCCUCACAGUCAACAUGAAGUGUCUUCUCCUUCUCUCAGUCCUGGGAUUUGCUGCGGCUUUCCCUAUCGAUGACGAUGACAAGAUCGUUGGAGGUUACACCUGUGCCGUGAACUCUGUUCCCUAUCAAGUAUCCCUGAAUGCCGGCUAUCACUUCUGUGGGGGAUCCCUGAUCAAUGACCAAUGGGUGGUCUCCGCUGCUCACUGCUACAUGUCACGUAUUGAGGUCAGACUUGGAGAACACGAUAUUGAGGUUCUUGAAGGAACUGAACAGUUUAUUUCAGCUGAAAAGAUCAUUCGUCAUCCAAAAUACAACUCCUAUUUACUUGACAAUGACAUCAUGUUAUUGAAGCUUUCCCAGCCUGUGGUACAGAACUCCAGGAUCCGGAGUAUCAGUCUGCCCUCUCACUGUGACCUGGCUGGGACCCAAUGUUUAAUCUCUGGUUGGGGGAAUACACUGAGCAGCGGAAGUAACUAUCCAGAUCAGCUGCAGUGUCUCGAUGCCCCCAUCCUGACCGAUGAGGACUGCAAGGCCUCCUACCCUGGAAAAAUUACCGAAAACAUGAUCUGUGUAGGAUUCCUGGAAGGGGGCAAGGAUUCUUGCCAGGGUGACUCUGGCGGUCCCGUGGUUUGCAAUGGAGAACUCCAAGGAGUAGUAUCAUGGGGAAUCGGCUGUGCACGUAAAGGGUAUCCCGGUGUCUACACCAAAGUGUGUAACUACGUGUCCUGGAUUGAGGAAACCUUGGCCAAAAACUAAACAUCAAAUCUGGCUUGAAUGAGAAGCACAUUAUAAGAUGUAUUCAAUAUAAAAUGCAAUAAAAAUCUAAG